UACCGGUGCCCUUUGGCUGCAGUGAGAUCAGCUUGGUUUAGAUACACCAGGGACGCUGCUGCUCUGGGGAUAAGAAGGGGUUGCAGGAAUCCACUUGUGUCCUUGCAGGACCCCCUGUCAGCUUGGGGGCAGCGGCGGCCCGGAUCAGACGAGGCGGGAGCAUGACCAUGUUCUCCGAGCAGGCUGCCCAGAGGGUCCCCACCCUGCUGUCUCCACUGUCAGCCAACACACCCACCUUUGCCCGGGUGCCCGUGGUGGCCUACACCAACUCCUCGCAGCCCUUCCGGCUUGGGGAGCGCAGCUUCAGCCGGCAGUAUGCCCACAUUUAUGCCACUCGCCUCAUCCAGAUGAGACCCUUCCUCGAAAGCCGGGCCCAGCAGCACUGGGGCAGUGGAGUCAGGGUGAGGAAGCUGUGCGAGCUGCAGCCCGGCGAGGAGUGCUGUGUGGUGGGGACCCUCUUCAAGGCCAUGCAGCUUCAGCCCUCCAUCCUGCGGGAAGUCAGCGAGGAGCACAACCUACUCCCUCAGCCUUCUCGGAGCAAAUACAUCCACCCAGACGAUGAGCUGGUCUUGGAAGAUGAAUUGCAGCGAAUCAAACUGAAAGGCAAUAUUGAGGUGCAGAAGCUGGUUACAGGCAUGGUUCUGGCUGUGUUUGGCUCCGUGGGAGAUGAUGGAAAGUUCCUGGUGCAGGAUCACUGCUUUGCCGACCUCGCUCCUCAGAAGGCAGUGGCCCCCCUAGACACAGACAGGUUUGUGCUGCUGGUGUCCGGUCUGGGUCUGGGCGGAGGCGGUGGUGAGAGCCUGCUGGGCACCCAGCUGCUGGUGGAUGUGGUGACGGGACAGCUCGGGGAUGAAGGGGAGCAGUGCAGCGCCGCCCACAUCUCCCGGGUCGUCCUGGCUGGGAACCUCCUCAGCCAGAACACCCAGAGCAGAGACUCCAUCAAUAAGGCCAAGUACCUCACCAAGAAAACCCAGGCAGCCAGCGUGGAGGCCGUCAAGAUGCUGGAUGAGAUUCUCCUGCAACUGAGUGCCUCGGUGCCUGUGGACGUGAUGCCUGGUGAAUUCGACCCGACCAACUACACGCUGCCCCAGCAGCCCCUGCACCCAUGCAUGUUCCCCCUGGCCACUGCCUAUUCCACACUCCAGCUGGUCACCAACCCCUACCAGGCCACCAUCGAUGGAGUCAGAUUCCUGGGGACAUCAGGACAGAACGUGAGUGACAUCUUCCGGUACAGCAGCAUGGAGGAUCACCUGGAGAUCCUAGAGUGGACCCUGCGAGUCCGUCAUGUCAGCCCCACAGCCCCUGACACCCUAGGCUGCUACCCUUUCUACAAAACAGACCCCUUCAUCAUUCCCGAGUGUCCUCACGUUUACUUUUGUGGCAACACCCCCAGCUUUGGCUCCAAAGUCAUCCGAGGCCCCGAGGACCAGACCGUGCUGCUGGUGGCUGUCCCUGACUUCAGUGCCACACAGACCGCCUGCCUUGUAAACCUGCGCAGCCUGGUCUGCCAGCCCAUCAGCUUCUCAGGCUUUGGGGCAGAGGAUGCAGAGGACCUGGGAGGCCCAGACCUGCGGCCCUGAC